AUGUUCAGAAGAAACUACACCCAAGUGACUGAAUUCAUUCUUCUGGGAUUGACCAGCCGUCAAGAUCUGCACACUUUACUCUUUGUACUGUUCCUCAUAAUCUACAUGAUCACUGUGGUAGGAAAUGUUGGCAUGAUUGUUUUAAUCAAGAUUGAUUCUCGACUUCACACCCCCAUGUACUUUUUCCUCUCUAGUUUAUCAUUUCUGGAUCUAUGUUUCUCCACAAAUGUUACACCAAAGAUGCUUGAAAACUUCAUAUCGGAGAAGAAGACCAUUUCUUAUUCUGGUUGUUUGGUCCAGUGCUACUUUGUCAUUGCUGUGGUGCUCACUGAACACUGCAUGCUGGCUGUCAUGGCCUAUGAUCGCUACAUGGCCAUCUGCAACCCAUUGCUGUACAGCAGUAAAAUGUCAAAUGCUGUCUGCAUUAGGCUGGUCAUCAUUCCCUAUGUCUACGGAUUUCUUCUCAGUGUGAUGGAGACCUUGAGGACCUAUAAUUUAUCCUUCUGUGGGGAUAAUGAGAUUAACCAUUUCUACUGCGCUGACCCCCCUCUCAUCAAACUAGCAUGUUCUGAUACAUAUAGCAAAGAACUGUCUAUGUAUAUAGUAGGUGGCUACAGCAAUGUCCAGUCCCUUUCCAUUAUUGUUACAUCAUACAUGUUCAUUCUUGUGGCCAUCCUCCGUAGCCGCUCUGCUGAGGGAAGACGCAAGGCUUUCUCCACAUGUGGGUCCCAUCUCACAGUAGUCACCAUAUUCUAUGGGACUCUGUUAUGUAUGUAUUUAAGACGUCCCACUGAAGAGUCUGUAGAGCAGGGCAAAAUGGUAGCUGUAUUUUAUACAACAGUGAUUCCCAUGUUGAACCCCAUGAUCUAUGGUCUCAGGAACAAAGAUGUGAAGGAGGCACUGAACAAAGCAAUUGGAAGGAAAGUUUUGACUAAAUAA